UCCCAACACCAUUAAAAUGUCCGAUACAAUACCCGAUUGACAAAAAGAGGACAAAGAAUAUAAGAAUAUGAUGAACACGAGAAGGUUUCUGCCAAGAAUCCCACUUGAAAAUCUGCGCCCACUCCAAAUACUGUGUCAGGCCGUCAACCCACCAUCCCUCCGAUGAUGAAGAGUUCGAUUCUCAAGAAGAGUCCGGUUCUGAUUCUAAACCAUCACCCGGAAAACACCACCAGCCAGCUCGAGGUGCCAAUCCAAACGUAAAGCCUAUGGACGACACACCCAAGCCCAAGAAGCCUCCGAUGAAGCCAGGAUCUGCUUCUUCUCCGGCAUUGAACAGCCCCACAAGAUCUACCACGACAGAAAAACGCCCCAUGGAGGCUGAUAAGGAGGGGAACAGAGGCCUCAAGAAUAAAAAGAAGAAGGUCUCGGACGCCGAUGAGAACGGGUCGGUCCAAGUAGAAGAAACUGAGAAGUCUGGGGACGAUGCCAAGAAGCAAUUGUUUCAGAGGUUGUGGAGCGAGGACGACGAGAUCAUAAUCUUGAAGGGUAUAAUCGAUUACUCAAGGAAAAGCACUGACCCAUGGACUGACAUGGCUGGGUUUCAUGAGUUCAUCAAGAAAGUACUCCACGUUGAUGUAAAUAAGAACCAAUUAGCUGAUAAAAUCCGUCGAUUAAAGAAGAAGUACAAGACCAAUGUGGGCAGAGGGCAAGGGGGCAAUGACCCUCUUUUUUCUAAGUCACAUGAAUCCAACGUAUUCGAAUUGUCCAAGAAGAUAUGGGGUUCUGAAGAUAAUGCUGCUGGUAAUAAUCAAUCUACUGAUGAUGGGAAAACGGGUAAGAAACAGAAAGCUAACAAUGCUGUGGGCUCGGCUCAAGUAAAAGUUAAUUCUUCGGGAGAGGCCCCAAAUGCCGCAGUGAAGGCCGAUGAAGAGAUAAAUUGUUCUAUGUACCCAUGUGUAAUGGAAUCUUUUCGACUUGGCAAAAUUGCGGAAUUGCCAGGGUCGGAUCUUGGAAGAAGGUUUGGGUUUGAUGGGGAACUCGAAGGUGAAGGAAUUGGACGAGAGGUGGAGGAAGUUACAUAUGGCAGAGAUUUAGAUGUACCUGAAGCGGGUUGAUUUGUUUAGGGACCAAUUGAGGAUGUUGUAUGAUGCUCUUGGAUCCAAAAAGUCAGGAAAUGGCUCUUUUUUUAUCCCAAAAUUGCGGUUGAUGUUACAUGUUAAAUUUUGGGUGAGAAAAUAUACUCAUUAAAACCAACAAAGCAG